UCGAAGUUGCAUUGCAGUUUUUCAAGACGCUGUUGAACUUUGUUACAAUGAGACGACUUUUAUCGAAACUGAUAAACCGAGCGUUGCUGACUGAACCCUUUGCACCAGUAAUGGACAUUGGAGCAGGAGUCCACACAAAUGCUCGUCGGAGGCUGAUUGUGGGACUGGGCAACCCUGGAAUGAACGGUUCGCGCCACAGUGUGGGCAUGGCUGUGCUGGAAGCACUUGCUGCCCGGCUGAGGUUAGCUGAUAGCUGGCAUGGCGAUAGGCACGUUUCCGGUGAGGUCAUCGUAUCUGACAUCCAGGACACCCAAAUUGUGCUUCUCCGACCACGACUACUGAUGAACAUAAACGGUGUAUCCGUGGCCAAAGCAGCGGUCAAAUACAGCAUCAAGCCUGAGCACAUCCUCCUGGUUCAUGACGACUUGGACAAGGCCCUUGGGAAGCUUGCUAUGAAACAAGGAGGGAGCGCCAGGGGUCACAAUGGUGUGCGGUCCUGUGUUGAGUGUCUGCAGACAGAUGUGAUGCCCAGACUGCGUGUUGGGAUUGGCAGACCAUCGGGUAAAACAUUAGUGGACCGGCAUGUUCUGGGGCGCUUCUCUCAGGAGGAGCAGAAGAUUCUCUGCAGGGUUCUAGAACAGAGUGUGGACAUUCUCCUCUCCCAGCUCACUGACAAGGAGGAUGUGCAGUCCCCACUGUUGCCACCAGGAGGCAGACCGGCAUUACAGACUGGGAAACAGAGGGUUUGCUCAAUUUCUCCAGCAAAGGAUACAACCUGCCAGAGCCAGUGAAGCUCUGACUGCACUCUGGGAUAGUAGCUUUGCUGCUGCUGCUAAAACAAAGCUGCCUCUUACAGAAACAUGAAAGUGUUAACAUGUUUUUAUUUAUUGGGACUUUAUGUAUGCAUUUUUUGUUUUUUUGGCCUACUCUACAAUUAUGUAAAAGGUCCAAGGAGUGACCAAGACUUGAUAUUAGAAUGAUUAAACAAUAAAACCAUCAUACCAAUAGCAUUGAGAAAAAAUGUAACUAGUGGUGAAUGAACUGAAGUAUAACCAGUGGGUUUCCUGAUAACAGAACCUGUUCCACUCAUGUUGUAGCCACUCUUGAAAGCUUCCAAAAGCCUCACAUUUUUAAGCUCAUUCUCUUUGCUGUAUUUACUGGUUCAACAUAUUGAUUCCAUCCUUUAAUUCUCAGCCUAUAACCAUGCUUCAUCAACGAGUGUUCUUAAUGAGAAGUAGCAAUUGGUCAAGAAGUGUAGCAUUCUCACCACAGUGAAUAUCAGAGCUCACAAAAACUGAGAAAAGAGCAUAUACAAGUAAGGUAAAGAGAAAGGAAAACCCAUAAGUAUAUGGGCCUAAUAUACACUGCUCAAAAAAAUAAAGGGAACACUUAAACAACACAAUGUAA